GCCCCCGCCGCGCCCCGCGCCCGCCCUUGUUAGCAGGCGCCUCCCGCCCCCCGCAUUGCUGAUGCUGCUGCUGGCAGACAUGGACGUGGUGAAUCAGCUGGUGGCCGGGGGUCAGUUCCGAGUGGUCAAGGAGCCCCUUGGCUUCGUGAAGGUGCUGCAAUGGGUCUUUGCCAUCUUCGCCUUUGCUACAUGCGGCAGUUACACCGGGAAGCUCCGGCUGAGCGUAGAGUGUGCCAACAAGUCCGAGAGUGAUCUCAGCAUCGAGGUUGACUUCGAAUACCCCUUCAGGCUGCACCAAGUGUACUUUGAUGCACCCACCUGCCGAGGGGACACUGACAAAGUCUUCCUGGUGGGAGACUACUCCUCAUCAGCCGAAUUCUUUGUCACAGUGGCCGUGUUUGCCUUCCUCUACUCCAUGGGGGCUCUGGCCACCUACAUCUUCCUGCAGAACAAGUACCGAGAGAAUAACAAGGGACCCAUGAUGGACUUUCUGGCCACAGCAGUGUUCGCCUUCAUGUGGCUGGUUAGCUCAUCAGCAUGGGCCAAGGGGCUGUCAGAUGUGAAGAUGGCCACUGACCCAGAGAACAUUAUCAAGGGGAUGUCUGUCUGCCAUCAGACAGGGAAUACAUGCAAGGAGCUGAGGGACCCUGUGACCUCUGGCCUCAACACUUCAGUGGUAUUCGGCUUCCUGAAUCUGGUGCUCUGGGUCGGCAACCUGUGGUUCGUGUUCAAGGAGACAGGCUGGGCCGCCCCAUUCAUGCGCGCACCCCCUGGCGCCCCUGAGAAGCAGCCAGCGCCCGGGGACGCCUAUGGCGAGGCGGGCUACGGGCAGGGCCCCGGCGGGUACGGGCCCCAGGACUCCUACGGACCCCAGGGUGGCUACCAGCCCGACUACGGGCAGCCCACCGGCGGCGGUGGCGGCGGCUACCCACAGGGAGACUACGGGCAGCAAGGCUAUGGCCCUCAGGGUGCGCCCACCUCCUUCUCCAAUCAGAUGUAGUCUGGUCAGUGCAGCCCGGGAGGACCCCAUGGGUGGGCAAGAGCUCAGAAGCCCUGCCCCCCUUCCCACCCCUACACCCCAGGUCUCCGCCCCUCAAGCCAGGAGACUCUAACUCUCUUUGCUGUUUAUAUAUAUAUAUAUUAUAUAUAAAUAUCUAUUUAUCUGUCUGAGCCCUGCCCCCACUCCACACCCCUCAUGCAUUAGGGGCCUGACCUUGAGUGGGCCCCUCUCCUACCCCCACUGCUACCCUUGCAUCCCUUGGCCCCUCUCUGUUCUCUGGCCCUGUGCCCUGAGGUUGGGGGACUCUGAAAGGGGGACAGGGAAAAAACAGAUCUCAGCUAUGUGGGGAGGGUGGGUGUGACUUCAGAUUCUCUCCCCUCUCUCCCUUCCCUUCUCCCAACUUGGCCUGGAUUCCUCCAGCAAUGCCUGGACAGGGGCCAUUAGGGGAAAUUCAAACCUGAGAGGGGAUAAAGGUAGACUGGUGGACUUGAGAUGCAAGGUGGACUUGGAGAGGAGCUCUGGGGUGGAGAGGACUAGUCAGCCAUACUGGAUCUGGAGUCAGAAGAGAGAUGCCCUAGGGCAUUCUGGAGUGGGUCUUGGAAGGAAGCUGAGGGCAUGGUUCUAGAAUGGGUGGAGCCUUGAGUGAGGCAGGGGUUGGGCCCCAAGAGUGGGCAGGGUUUGGAGUAGGACAGGAUUUUGUGUAAGGGGUGUGACUUGGAACCUGGAGACUGCAUUUGGAAGAUCAUUGAGGGCAUGGUUCUAGAGGGGUGGGGCCUGAAUCAGGUAAUGGGGAAGGCUCCAAAGUGGGCAGGUCUUGUGUUGGGACCGGUCUAUGGAAGGGGUGUAACUAGGAACAUUCAGGAGAAUGAGGUUGAUUCUAAAGGGGAUAGAUCUUGUGCAAGGGAAGAAGUAGGAUUCAGCAAUGGGCUAAGCUUGAGGUGAGGUCAUGGUCUGGGUUCUAGGCAGGGCAGGGCUUAGAGUGGGUGUUCAUGGUGGUUUCAGAAGGGGCAGCCCACCCUAAUGGAGCAGUGAAAAAAUAUGUUUUAGAGUGGGCAAGUUUGGCAGUUGGUGGGGGGGGGGCAGGAAUAUCCCUGGCCAAAGCUGGGGACUGAACUGGCCUGGGAGGAGCUAAGAGGUAUAGCUUGGAGGGUGAGGGGUGGGACCCAGAGAGAAGCAUCCUCCACACCCUUGCCCACCCCCAUGAUGGGACAGGUAGGUAAUCAGAGGACAGAGCCAACAGGUCUGUGGGGCCAGCCCACCCUUCUUCCCCUUUCCUUGCCUCCUCCCUCCUUCCAUAGCCCCACCCAUCCUGGGGUGGUUGGAGACCCGGUCUGGAGUCCCUAUCCUGCACCCACUGCUGUGUCUGUGACGUCGGUAGUGCCUGUGAUUGUGUGUUGCCACUUUGUCUGGCUGUGGUCCCUCCCCCUCUCCUCCAGACACCCACCCUUUUCCUUGCCCUUCAGUAUUGUUUGAAGACCUCCCCAAGGAAGAACAAAUAGGAUUAAUUCUCCUCCCCUAAAUAAACUCCUCAACCACCUAGUC